UUCCCGUGCCUGGGCAGGAUCUCUGAGGCUAGCCUGUUAGCUAGCUAACGUUGUAAUCCAAAUAUUCUCGCCCUUUUUAGCGGGAGAAUUGCCUAGUUAUCACAUAUAGGCAGGGUGUUAACGGAGUAACCCUCAGGGCAAACUAUAACUGUAGAUAUUUAGUGGUGUCAUUUCGAACGACCCAAAGGCUCUGAAUCCGUCGGCCCUGGAGCAACCCCGCUUGAACAAGAGAGCUGCCAGAUCUUCGACUGACCGAGGCUGCGGAUGUGAAGGGACGUUAGGCCUACGAGGAAUUUGUCAUUUCUGGCAAAAUUGUCUGAUGCAAACGUUACAAAGAACUCCCACUAAAACGUUUAAGUUCAGAAGAGGACUAGAGACACGUGGAGACAGUGGAUUACUUUUUUAAAUGUGUUUUUGCAGAAGGUGUUAUUCCUCUGCAUAUUUUCAGACACAUGUUAAAACGUCCUGCAAACAAACCCUGUUCGUAUUUUGCGAGUGCAGUUGUCGUCCACUGAAAUGGCCGAUUAAAUUACUCCGAUUUCUUCCACUCCGCCCACCUGUCCGUCAAUGUCCUCUUGACUUUUUUCUUCAUAAAAAAGCGAUCGUUACGGUAUAAAACUGAAUCCCUACACGAGAGCCAGGAUGACCGAGGCGUGGCAGCAGCACGCGGUCGCCCCCCCUCCGGUAGUGCACACCAUACCGCCAGGGGCGGAGAAUGCACUGGGCUGCGCUGUCUACGGUAUUGUCCUGCAGCCCGAUCCCGCUCUGCAGCAGUCGCAGCAGCACCAGCACGGCCAGCAGCACGGCCAACAGCACAGCCAGCAGCAGCCCCAGCCCCAGCAGCAGCACCCGGCCCAGGUGCAGCAGCCCUCCCUGCAGGUAGGGGGCGAGGGCGGACACAAGUGUGGGGCGUGUGGCCAUGACAUCUCCCACCUGGCCAACCCGCAUGAGCACCAGUGUAUGGUGAGCCAGGACCGCUCCUUCCAGUGCACCCAGUGCAUGAAGAUCUUCCACCAGGCCACCGACCUGCUGGAGCACCAGUGUGUGCAGGUGGAGCAGAAGCCGUUCGUGUGCGGCGUGUGUAAGAUGGGCUUCUCCCUGCUCACCUCGCUGGCGCAGCACCACACCUCGCACAACAGCACUAACCCCAUGAAAUGCUCCAUCUGUGAGAAGACCUACCGGCCGGGUUCCUCCGGGAACACCACUCCCAGCUCCUCCGCCACCAACCCCCAGCAGCCUUCCGCUGACGGCGCCUCCUCCAGUGGGAGCGCAGCAGUGGGAUCCACUUCCACCAUCACUUUUCCUUCGGCGCGCGACCGGCCCUACAAGUGUUCCGUCUGCCAGAAGGCCUUCAGGCACCUGUCGGAGCUGGCUCGUCACGAGCGCGUGCACACCGGGGAGAAGCCCUUCAAGUGCGAAACAUGUGACAAGAGCUUCAGCCAGUCCUCUCACCUGGCCCAUCACCAGCGCACCCACAGCUCAGAGCGCCCAUUCAAGUGUGCCGUGUGUGACAAGAGCUUUAAGCACCGCUCCCACCUGGUGCGCCACAUGUACGCCCAUUCCGGAGAGCACCUGUUUAAGUGCAACCUGUGUGAACUGCACUUCAAGGAGUCCUCGGAGCUACUGCACCAUCCGUGCCACCCGCAGGGGGCGCGGCCCUUUCGCUGCGCCACCUGCGGGAAGGGCUUCAAGCGGCCGUCAGACCUGCGGCAGCAUGAGCGCACACACUCCGAGGAGCGUCCCUUCCACUGCGAGGAGUGCCAGAUGAGUUUCAAACAGCAGUACGCCCUAGUGCGCCACAGGCGCACGCACAAAAACCCCUCCGACCGCCCCUUUAAGUGCAAUCUUUGUGACAAAGGCUUUCUGCAGCCGUCUCACCUCCUUUACCACCAGCACGUCCACGGCAUGGAGAACCUGUUCAAAUGUGCGUCCUGCCAAAAGGAGUUCAGUCAGUCGGGAGAACUGCUGCGCCACAAGUGCGGCGAAUCGUCCUCUUCGUCUAGGGACACGGACAAGCCCUACAAAUGUGACGUGUGUGGCAAGGGAUACAAGAAGAGUUCGACACUGCAGAGGCAUCAGAACUCGCACUGCCAGGAGAAGCCCCUGAAGUGCUCCCUUUGCGACCGCCGCUUCCUGUCGUCGUCCGAGUUCGUGCAGCACCGCUGCGACCCGUCCCGAGAAAAGCCCCUCAAGUGCCCCGACUGCGAGAAGCGCUUCAAGUACUCGUCCGAUCUGAACCGGCACCGGCGUGUCCACACUGGGGAGAAGCCCUACAAAUGCGCCAGCUGCGAUAAAGGUUUCAAGCAACGGGAGCACCUGGCCAAGCAUCAGAGUGUGCAUUCCAGAGAUGCCCAGUUCAAGUGUGUUUGGUGUGGAGAGCGCUUUGGAGACCUGGGAGCUUUGCAGGAGCACACAGUCCAGCACACAGCUGAAGGAGGGGGUUACCCUGUGCCACCUUGCAUAUAGUUACGCCCCUCCGUUCUGUACAAGUUCAUAGCAAACGUCCCUGUCUACCAUUAAUUUGCAGCACCCAGCUUAACACACUUGAACUGGGCAUCUCUGGAGUGCACACUCUGGUGCUUUCCAGAGAUGCCCAGUUCAAAUGCUUUGGAGACCUGGGAGCCUUGCAGGAGCACAGUCCAGCACACAUCUGAAGGAGGGGGUUACGCUAUGGUAGGUUACUAUGUGCCACUUUGUGCACUCUGUGCCAUAUAGUUACUCCCUUCCUUCCCUUCUUUUCCAGGCCAUAGCAAAUGUCCUUGCCUACCCGAAUUUGCCCCCAGCUUAUUGAAUCCCUGCCUUCACUUUCCACGAAUCCCAUACAGCUAAUAAUUGUGUAAUAAAAAAUGGAAGUCACAGCUUCUCAUUGUACUGCCAAGUGUCACUGAUUUAGGGCUACGUUCUGAAAGACCGAGGAUAAGAUAUCACAGAGGAUGAAAUUUAGAUUUGACCUUAAACUCUUAUGUUGGAUUUUUCUUACCUGUUUCAUCCUCUACUGAAGCAACUGCCCGGUAAUGGCGAUUAAAAAAGAAAUGUAAAUCACCACAUUAGCCUACAUUUCUGUUGAUGAAAAGCUUUGUGUUUGUAAAUACGUUACCUUGUAGAUUUGUAAAGAAAAGGGGAUGUGGACCAGUUCCCCUUGUGACGACCUGGUCGGCUGGUCUGUAAGUGUUAAGGGUUGCACCAUGACCCAGAACUAUUCUUUUGCCAACAGUGGUGUCACUCAAAACCAUCUACAGAGAUCCUGCAUGCAGUAAUUUUCCAUUCUCCUAUCCAGGAUACUCGACUGAAAUUAUUGCUAGGUUUCAGCUGCUGCUACAGUCUGCUGACAGCCUCUUGUGUUUUUUAUUUUGGAAUCAACUACGCUGUAUCAACUCGGAUUUCAAAUGUUUUUGUUGGGUGGGUGGAGGGUCAAGAUUGUGUGUUGCUUACUUUUCCACAACCUCAUAUCACUGUAGUAGCAGUGUAUGCAGAUACACUAAAAUCAGACACCUCUUUACCCUUUGUGCUUUAGUAUUUUUAAGCUAUUUAUGUAUAAGUAUCAACUCCACGACUCAAUUUUUCUUUUUUUUUUACAUGGGGAGGGGGACUUUAUUGUGCUAUUGUGAAAUAUUACAAAUAUUUGUGAGUGUAUGUGGAAGUAUAUGUGGCCAUCAUUGUGGCAAAUAUAGUUUGUACCAAAACCCCAUUGUACUGCACCAGAUCCUAAAGGUGUGGAGAUUAACCAGCUGAAGUGUCAUGACAUCUCACUGCUAUAUAGAAAUGAUAUAGAAAUAUAUAUUUCACACUAUUAUACAGUUAAUAUUCUUACAGAAAUCAGUGUAGACUGUACUGAAAAUGUCUAAACUCUGAUCAAGUCUCCUCUUAUUGAGUGUAUAUAGUACAGUAUGUAUGCGAGUAUGUUUACUAGUUCAGUUAUAGGCAUUGUCUGUUUCUAAAACUGCAUUGGCUGUUUUGUAUGUUACUACUUUUUAAUCAUAUGGGGACUUUUUUUUAAGUCAUGGUGGUGAUGGUAUGUUGCAAGUUUCUAAGGACAGCAUCUAAAUCCAAACCCAACAGGUAUUCUGACCCCUCAUGCUCCUCUGAGUUCAUUUGGGUAAAUGAUGUUGAAUCAUUUCUGUGAAAUUGGAAUCCUGGCUAUAAAGUGGAUUGAGUUAAACAUUCAGGGCUGGUUUCGCAGACACCGAUUAAACCUCGUCCUGGACUUAAGCCAAGCUCAAUCGAGAUUUUUUAUUUUUUAAUGUUUUUUUAAUGUUCAAGACUAGGCGUAAUCGGUGCCUGCGAAACUGGCUGUCGGUUUUGAAUUUUGGCAGGUCUGUAUAGUUUUAGUUAACCCCAUUUGUGAAAAACAUUUGCAGUAUAUUCGUGCAGAUCAUGUUUUUAAGAUGGUUUCCUUACCAAAAAUGGGCUGAUACAGCUUGAUUGCAAAAAACUAUGAAUUUUCAUCCUCUAGUCUUUAAUUAAGGCACUAAAAUUCAACUUGGCUCAAAUGAACCUCAACUUAUUUUCUGUGCAGGUGUUUGUUCUUUUGCAAGUGAAGCAUUUCUACAGGGCAUAUUUGUCCCAUCUGGUGGUGGAAGUGACGUCUGAGUGCAGUAUUGAUGAAGUAUUUUAUGGUAGAAGGUAGUAACUCGGAGGAAGGUUAUUAUUUCACCAGUUCCAGUAAAGACUGCUUGGCCUUAAUCUGGGGUCAGGAUUAUUUAGAUAUCCAAUCUACUCCAGACCUUACUGCCUCCAUGUUGUGGCUUUUUUUCCUUGUACUGAUGUGUAUUUUUGUUUUCUCCAUUGCCAUUGAGGUGUGAAUUAGUGUCAUAUGUCUGUCUUAUGUUAAAAGUGUUGUGUUCAUGUCUUUCAUCUGGCAUUAAGACAACAAUCAGAGAGCAGUUGGGAAUUUUAAUAUCACAAAAAGUACUGUAUGUUUGUUUUUUCAUAUUUUUUUCUCCAUUAAUUUUGUUUUAAAAUCUAUAUAAAUAUCUAUAUACUUGGAAGGAGUUAACAGGGCCUUUGUGAUGGAAUGGGGAAAAUGUUUGACGGAAGGGUCAUUAGGACUGAUUGACAUGACUUUUGAUCUGGUGUAGUGCAUAACAAUUAGCCCCUGCCUGUGACCCUUGUUUCUCUGUUCUGUGCAUGCCUGCUGUGUUAGUUCAUGUAAUCUGUCCCAGGUCUUAGUGCUUCGGAAAGCACUUAUUCCUCUUAUACCUUUUUUCAAAUUGUAGUAUGUGAAUGAUGUAGUAAAAAGAAUUGUGACAACGUACAGUAUGUGUACAUUCAUGCUAAGAUAACUGUAUGUAGCAUUCAAUAUACACAGCACUAACAAAUAAACUUUUUUCCAUUUAUAAA